AUGCACACGAAGGAAAAGAUAAGGGCCAUGAGGGACCGUCUUCCCUACAGCUCCUCGGAUCGUCCCCCCACCACGACCAUCUACUCGUGCGAGCAGUUCCCCUUCGACCGCAACCCCGUAGUGGGCGUCCUGAUCAUCGAGGGCAACAUCGUCUGCAAGAAUAAGCGGACGCUAGUAGUGAGCGAGCGAGCUUACCUCUUCUCGCAUAUGGACGAAGUGCACCUCGAGGGCGUCCACUUUAUCGUGGAGGAGAACGCCGCCCUGGGCAUCGCCGUGGCCACGCUGCACGUGGAGAAGCUCGAGGGAGACUCCGGCGAGAUCUUCACCAUCGAUCCAGGAGGGUUUCUGGGCGGGCACGCCGAUCAUUUGCGCCCGUUGCCUGAGAACGGCACCAAGUCCCCCUUCUCGCCGGACAGAUCCGCCGAGUACACCUACGAGCAGCGGUUGGGCUUGAACCCGACCCACCUCAUGAUCCUGGCCCUUGCCGACUCGGGCCAGGCCACCGACGACAAGGUUCUCCACAUGAUGGCGCGCUCGGAGAGGCUAAGGGUGUGGCAGAAAGAGACGGCCACGGACAUGGAAGUCGACCUGGAGAAAUGUGCGAGGGGCUUCGACGAGCUGCUUCGCGCGAAGAAGAGGGAGAGGGACCUUCAGAUGGAGAAAGAGGAAGAGGAGGAGAAGGAGGCGGAGAAGACAACGAUGCCGCAGCAGCAGGCAGACCCGACGACCGCAGCAGUCCACUCCAGCGACCCGAAGCAGGAACACGCCGGUCAAGAUGCCUCCAGCACCAGCACCAGCACCAGCACCAGCGGUCGCGGCAAGACCAAGGCCAAGGCCAAGGCCGUUCCCGCCACUGUGACGAGAUAUUGGGGUGACGAGGCGAGGAGGUAUUGGGGAGACGACGUGGCUCUGAAGGUCACCAACACCGGGGACGUGCUGGUGACCGUCGGUGAUCUCGUCGUCGUGCAGAAAAGAAACCCCAUGUGGACCAAGAAGAAGGAGAGCUGGCUGCAGAGGAAGGUGGCCAAGUCAAAGCCGGUCAAGAAGAUCAAGGACGUCUUCGGGCGUCUCGGCCGCCGCGGCAAGGGCAACGGCAAGACCGACAACAAGGCCAGAAGCGACGACGACGACGACAGCAAAGGCAAUGGCGACGGUGCCCCCGUCAGCACCAUGUACUCCCUCCACGUCGUCGAGAACGGGCUCGAGGUCCGACUCGAAGGCGUGUUCAUGUGGGGGUGGUACGCCGAGUGA